UCUCUCCCCCCCUUCAUUCGCCCGACCAUUACAUUUCAUCCUCUCUGCCUCAGAAAAAUGGUGGAAUAGUUUCCAACUUUAUUGUCUUCUUUUCUAGAUCUGUUCUUUCCAAGGUGCAAACUCUAUAGGACACAACUUUACAAAUAGAAAUGGCUAUAGGGAAGUAUUCGAGAAUAGAUAACCGAAGAUCUUCGUCGAGUUACUGCUCUACAGUGACCAUUGUUGUAUUCGUUGCUUUGUGCUUGGUUGGGAUAUGGAUGUUAACAUCAUCAUCUGUAGUUCCGGUUCAAAAUAUUGAUGUGCCACAGGAGAACAAAAAUAUUGCAAAAAGUCAAGUGGUUGAGACCAAUGAGGCCAACACUCAGCCUUUUGAAGAUAAUCCAGGAGAUUUGCCUGAUAAUGUAAGGAAAGGGGAUGACAAUGAAGGUUCUAAUCAGCAGGAAAGCCAGGAUGAGAAGCCUGAAGAGAAGCCCGAAGAGAAGCCCGAAGAGAAGCCCGAAGAGAAGCCAGAAGAGAAGCCUGAAGAGAAGCCUGAAGAGAAGCCUGAAGAGAAGCCAGAAGAGAAGCCGGAAGAGAAGCCGGAAGAGAAGCCAGAAGAGAAGCCAGAAGAGAAGCCAGAAGAGAAGCCUGAAGAGAAGCCUGAAGAGAAGCCAGAUGAACAGAAUGGGGACAAGAAUGGAGGGAAUGAAGAAACUAAACCAGACGAUGGAAGUAAAACAGAAAAUGGUGAUUCUAAGGAGGAAAAUGGAGAACCAGGUUCUGAGUCUAAGCCAGAGGCUGGUGACAAUGGAUCCGGUGGACAAGGAGAUCCUGAGGAGAAUUCUAAUGAGAAACAACCAAAUUCAAAUGAUACAGAAGAGAACAGCAAAGACGACAAAAAAGCAGAUGACUCAAAUGAUACUAAAGAUGGAGAAAACGGUGACAGAAAGGAAGAGGAGAAUGCAAAGUUAAAUGAAAAUAACCAAUCCAAAAACCUGACUUCUGGUGAGGUGUUUCCUUCCGGUGCUCAGUCGGAGCUUUUGAACGAAACAUCAACACAAAAUGGGGCAUGGUCAACUCAGGCAGCAGAGUCGAAGAAUGAAAAAGAGACUCAAAGAUCUUCCACGAAACAAUCCGGGUAUGAGUGGAAAAUUUGCAAUGUUACUGCUGGAUCAGAUUACAUUCCUUGCCUCGACAAUUUGCAAGCAAUUAGGAGUCUUCGAAGUACAAAACAUUAUGAACAUCGAGAAAGGCAUUGUCCUGAAGAACCUCCUACCUGCCUUGUUUCACUUCCAGAGGGCUAUAAACGCCCAAUUACAUGGCCAACUAGCAGGGAAAAGAUUUGGUACUAUAAUGUUCCCCACACAAAACUUGCUGAAGUUAAGGGGCAUCAGAAUUGGGUAAAAGUUUCUGGUGAGUACUUAACGUUUCCUGGUGGUGGGACCCAGUUCAAGCACGGUGCUCUUCACUACAUUGACUUCAUACAAGAGUCUGUCAGUGAUAUUGCUUGGGGAAAACGAUCACGUGUAGUUCUGGAUGUUGGAUGUGGAGUGGCAAGCUUUGGAGGAUUUCUUUUUGAAAGAGAUGUACUAACCAUGUCAUUGGCCCCAAAAGAUGAACACGAAGCACAAGUCCAGUUUGCACUUGAGAGGGGAAUUCCUGCCAUUUCUGCUGUUAUGGGCACGAAAAGACUUCCCUACCCCGGAAGAGUUUUCGAUGUUGUCCAUUGUGCUCGUUGUAGAGUACCAUGGCACAUAGAAGGUGGCAAACUUCUGUUGGAGCUGAAUCGUUUGUUGCGGCCUGGUGGCUUCUUUGUGUGGUCUGCUACACCAGUCUAUCAUAAGAAUGCUGAAGAUGCUGGAAUAUGGAAUGCCAUGACAGAACUGACGAAAGCUAUGUGCUGGGAACUUGUAUCAAUUAACAAGGAUAAGGUGAAUGGCGUUAGUGCAGCCAUAUAUAGGAAACCUACUAAUAAUGAUUGCUAUGAGCAGAGAUCUGAAAAGGAGCCGCCUGUCUGCCCGGAUUCAGAUGAUCCAAAUGCUGCCUGGAAUGUGCCACUCGAGGCAUGCAUGCACAAAAUCUCGACAAAUGAAUCAGAACGUGGUUCUAAAUGGCCCGAACAAUGGCCAGCGAGAUUGGAGAAACCACCAUACUGGAUGUUGGAUUCUCAGGUUGGAGUUUAUGGAAGAGCUGCUCCUCAGGAUUUUACUGCAGAUCAUGACCACUGGAAUCGUGUCGUGACAAAGUCAUAUCUAACUGGCAUGGGAAUUGACUGGUCAACGGUGCGGAAUGUGAUGGACAUGAGAGCUGUCUAUGGAGGAUUUGCUGCUGCAUUGAAAGAUUUGAAAGUGUGGGUCAUGAACGUAAUCCCAAUAGACUCAGCUGAUACUCUCCCAAUUAUCUACGAACGAGGUUUGUUCGGUAUAUAUCACGAUUGGUGUGAAUCAUUCAACACCUACCCCCGUUCGUAUGACCUUCUUCACGCAGAUCAUCUUUUCUCCAAGGUCAAAAAGAGAUGCAAUCUAGCAGCUUUAGUUGCAGAGACGGACCGAAUCCUCAGGCCAGAAGGGAAGCUCAUUGUCAGGGACAACGCGGAAACAGUGAACGAGCUUGAAAACAUGUUCAAGUCAAUGAAAUGGGAGGUUCGGUUUACUUACUUCAAAGACAAUGAAGGAUUGCUAUGCGUUCAGAAGUCAAUGUGGCGACCAAGUGAGUCUGAAACACUCCAAUAUGCUAUUGGUUAGAGCCGAUGGGUGGGUGUCUUGAUUGUCAUUCAACUGCACCAUCAUCUCACUCUACUUGAAUUAGAUGCCAAAGGAGGAGGGGAAAGGUUAGGUCAUAUUCUUUUUUUGGUUUGGUUAUUCAAAGUUUUCAAUUUCAUGGGAAUGCUACUUCUUCCUAAUUAGGCAGUGUAUCAUCAUCAUCAUCAUCAUCUCAUCCAAGGCCGUUGAGUUAAAUUCAUUUUAUUCCUUCUUCAAAGGCUCAGUUUUCUCUGUACUCUAUCAUCUGAUACUCGAAUAGUUAUUAAUGAAAAAUCACAUACAUUCUUGCAUACACAUGUAUUUUCAUUCUAUCAGUUAAGGAUAAUUACACAUUUUAGUUCUCUUUGUAAUAGUUAUGAAGCCGGGCCUAAGAUAGAUAAAUGACAUUUAUUUUUAGUUGA